AUGGCGCCUCUGCCGAUCAAGUUUACCGAGCUGCUGCAGCUAUCAGCUGUUGGCGUCGACACUUCGGCCAUUGGCUUCAACUCCUGCACACUAGAGUCGGAUCACUACGUCUGCAUUCGCGAAAAGAAAAACGAGGCAGCAUCACCAGAAGUUGUCAUCAUCGACCUCAAGAACAACAACAAUGUCACUCGACGCCCCAUCAAGGCCGACAGUGCCAUCAUGCACUUCACCAGACAGGUCAUCGCACUUCGCGCACAAUCAAGGACGCUGCAGAUUUUCGACCUGGAUGCCAAGCAAAAGCUCAAGUCGACGACGAUGAACGAAGAUGUGGUCUUUUGGAAGUGGAUCAGUGAUACUACAAUUGGUCUCGUUACGGACGCGGCCGUAUAUCACUGGGAUGUUUUCGAUGCCAACCAAGCCACUCCUGUGAAGCAGUUUGCCCGAAACGAUAACCUCAGCGGCAACCAAAUCAUCAACUACCGCGCUAAUUCCGAGGGCAAGUGGAUGGUAGUCGUGGGCAUCGCUCAGGCGCAAGGGCGUGUGGUGGGCAACAUGCAGCUCUACUCGAAAGACAGAGGUAUCAGCCAAUCCAUCGAGGGUCACGCCGCAGCCUUUGGCACCCUGAGGUUGGAGGGUGCCCCUCAAGAUACCAAAGUCUUUACAUUCGCCGUCAGGACUGCCACGGGCGCCAAGCUGCACAUUGUCGAGGUCGAUAAGCCAGAAGCCAACCCGGCAUUUGCCAAGAAGAACGUCGACGUCUACUUCCCCGCCGAGGCCGUCAACGACUUCCCAGUCGCGGUGCAGGUUUCGCAAAAGUACGGCGUCAUAUACUUGGUCACCAAGUACGGCUUCAUCCACCUUUACGACCUCGAGACUGGCACCUGCAUCUUCAUGAACCGCAUCUCGAGCGAAACCAUCUUCACCACCAGCCCUGACAGCGACUCCACCGGCAUCGUCAGCAUCAACCGUAAGGGUCAGGUUCUCGGCGUGACCAUCGACGACGAGACCAUGAUCCCCUACCUGCUGCAAAACCCUGCUAAUACCGAGCUUGCAAUCAAGAUGGCGUCUCGCGCCGGUCUCCCUGGUGCGGACCAGCUGUAUGCUCAGCAGUUCCAGCAGCUUUUCAACGGCGGCAACUACAUGGAGGCUGCUAAGGUCGCCGCCGGUUCGCCUCGGGGAUUCCUGCGGACCGCCGAGACCAUCAACAAGUUCAAGAACUUGCCGCAACAGCCUGGUCAAAUGUCUUACAUUCUCCAGUACUUUGGCCUGCUCCUCGACAAGGGAUCCCUAAACCACCACGAGACGAUCGAGCUUGCUCAGCCCGUGCUGGCCCAGAACCGCAAGCAGUUGCUCGAGAAGUGGCUGAACGAGGGCAAGCUGGAUUGCUCCGAGCAGUUUGGUGACAUGGUCAGGCCGCACGACGUCUCGAUGGCGCUCAAGAUCUACCUCAAAGCCAACGUCCCGCAAAAGGUUGUUGCCGGUCUGGCCGAGACGGGGCAGUUCGACAAGAUUCUGCCCUACUGCGCCCAAACCGGCUACCAGCCUGACUGGAUCCAGCUGCUGAACCACAUUGUGCGAAUCAACCCCGAAAAGGGUGCCGAGCUGGCCACGACUCUUGCGAACCAUGAGGGCGGGUCCCUUGUCGACAUCGCCCGUGUUGUAGAUGUUUUCCAGGCACAGGGCAUGGUUCAGCAAGCCACGGCCUUCCUCCUGGACGCUCUCAAGGACAACAAGCCAGAGCACGCCGAUCUCCAGACCAGGCUUCUGGAGAUGAACCUGAUGAACGCCCCACAGGUCGCCGAUGCCAUCUUGGGCAACGAGAUGUUUACGCAUUUCGACAAGGGUCGCAUUGCUGCUCUCUGCGAGCAGGCGGGCUUGCACCAGAAGGCGCUCGAGCUUUACGAGGAUCCUGCUGCCGUCAAGCGCGUAAUUGUCAACAUUGCUGGCACGCCCAACUUUAACCCCGAAUGGCUUGUUAACUUCUUUGGGAAGCUGUCUGUGGAGCAGUCUUUGGAUUGCCUUGAUGCCAUGAUGAAGACAAACAUUCGCCAGAACCUGCAGUCGGUCGUUCAGGUUGCCACCAAAUACUCGGAUCUCCUGGGCCCUACCAAGCUGAUCGACCUCUUUGAGAAGUACAAGACAGCCGAGGGUCUCUUCUACUACCUCGGUAGCAUCGUCAACCUGUCAGAGGACCCUGACGUCCACUUCAAGUACAUCGAAGCCGCCACCAAGAUGGGUCAGUUCAGCGAGGUUGAGCGUAUCUGCAGAGACAGCAACUACUACAACCCCGAGAAGGUCAAGAACUUCCUCAAGGAGGCGAGGUUGACGGAGCAGCUGCCUCUGAUCAUUGUGUGCGACCGUUUCAACUUUGUCCACGAUUUGGUUCUUUUCCUGUACCAGAACCAGCAGUUCAAGUCCAUCGAGGUGUACGUCCAGCGGGUCAACCCUGCACGUGCGCCCGCCGUCAUUGGCGGUCUUUUGGACGUUGACUGCGAUGAGAGCAUCAUCAAGAAUCUGCUUUCCACGGUGGACCCCGCCUCUAUCCCCAUUGAUGAGCUCGUCGCCGAGGUUGAGACUAGGAAUCGCCUCAAGAUGCUUCUGCCUUUCCUGGAGGCUACCCUUCAAGCCGGUAACCAACAGCAGGCCGUAUUCAACGCCCUUGCCAAGAUCUACAUCGACUCGAACAACAACCCUGAGAAGUUCCUUAAGGAGAACGACCAGUACGAUUCGCUUGUGGUCGGAAAGUACUGCGAGAAGCGCGACCCCAACCUUGCCUACAUUGCCUACCGCAAGGGUGGCAACGACCUGGAGCUUGUCAACAUCACCAACGAGAACUCCAUGUACAAGGCCCAAGCACGGUACCUUCUAGAGCGUGCUGACCGCGAACUGUGGAUGUUCGUCUUGAGCGAAAACAACAUCCACCGCCGGUCCGUUGUCGACCAGGUCACUUCGACUGCCGUUCCAGAAUCGACCGACCCCGCCAAGGUUUCAGAGGCUGUCGCCGCCCUUUUGGCAGCCGAUCUGCCAGGCGAGCUCAUCGAGCUUUUGGAGAAGAUUGUUUUGGAGCCGUCGCCAUUUAGCGACAACCAGAACCUCCAGAACCUUCUCAUGUUCACCGCUGCCAAGGCCGACAAGUCCCGUGUGAUGGACUACAUUCACAAGCUGGAUGGUUUCAACCCUCAAGAGAUCACAGCCGUCUGCAUCGACGUCGGCCUGUAUGAGGAGGCUUUUGAGAUCUUCAAGAAGAUUGACGACAAGGUCAGCGCCGUCGACGUCCUGGUCGAGAACGUUGUCAGCAUCGACCGCGCACAGGCUUACGCCGAGGAUGUGGAUAUCCCCGAAGUCUGGAGCAAGGUUGCCAAGGCCCAGCUUGAUGGUCUGCGUGUCACAGACUCGAUCGAGUCAUACAUCAAGGCUGAGGACCCCAAGAACUACCUGGAGGUUAUUGAGAUUGCCACCCACGCUGGCAAGAACGAGGAUCUCGUCAAGUAUCUGCGUAUGGCCCGCAAGACACUGCGCGAGUCCGCCAUUGACACUGCUCUCGCUUUCUGCUACGCUCGGCUGGACCAGCUCUCUGAGCUCGAGGAUUUCCUGCGCGGAACAAACGUCACCAACAUCGAGGAGUCUGGUGACAAGGCAUACGGAGAAGGUCUCUUUGAGGCUGCCAAGAUCUUCUACACUAGCAUCUCAAACUGGGCCAAGCUCGCAACCACCCUCGUUCACCUCGGUGACUACCAAGCGGCUGUCGAAUGUGCCCGCAAGGCCAACAGCAUCAAGGUGUGGAAGGAGGUCCACGAGGCAUGCGUCAACAAGAAAGAAUUCCGCCUGGCCCAGAUUUGCGGUCUCAACUUGAUCGUGGACGCUGAGCAGCUGCAGACCCUGGUGAAGCAAUACGAGCGUAACGGCUUCUUCGACGAGCUCAUCAGCUUGCUUGAGAACGGUCUUGGUCUCGAGCGUGCGCACAUGGGAAUGUUCACCGAGCUUGGUAUCGCUCUCUCCAAGUACCACCCUGAGCGCCUGAUCGAGCACUUGAACCUGUUCUGGAGCAGGAUGAACUUGCCAAAGAUGAUUCGUGCAUGUGAGGAGGCGAACCUCUGGCCUGAGCUUGUCUUUUGCUACGUCCACUACGAUGAGUUUGACAAUGCUGCCCUUUCCGUCAUUGAGAGGCCAGAGAACUCGUGGGAGCACACGCAAUUCAGGGAUAUCAUCGUCAAGGUUGCCAACCUGGAGAUUUACUUCAAGGCUAUCAACUUUUACUUGGAGCAGCACCCUUCCCUGCUGACUGACCUGCUGCAGGCUUUGACGCCUCGCAUUGAUGUCAACCGGGUUGUCAGGAUGUUCCAAAAGUCGGACAACCUGCCCUUGAUCAAGCCCUUCCUGCUUAACGUGCAGACCCAAAACAAGCGCAUCGUCAACGAUGCCAUCAACGACCUGCUGAUCGAGGAGGAGGAUUACAAGACGCUGCGUGACUCGGUCGAGAACUACGACAACUAUGAGCCUGUCGAGCUUGCUGGACGCCUCGAGAAGCACGACCUUGUCUUUUUUCGCCAGAUCGCCGCCAACAUUUACCGCAAGAACAAGCGCUGGGAGAAGUCGAUUGCUCUUUCCAAGCAGGACAAGCUGUGGAAGGAUGCCAUUGAGACGGCUGCCAUCUCGGGCAAGUCCGAGGUUGUGGAGGAGUUGCUGCGCUACUUCGUCGACAUCGGCAACCGCGAGUGCUACGUUGGUAUGCUCUAUGCCUGCUACGACCUCAUCAGGCCCGACUUGGUUCUCGAGAUGUCAUGGCGCCACGGUCUGCACGAUUUCACAAUGCCAUACAUGAUCAAUCUGCUGUCGCAGCAGACCAAGGAGCUUGCUGUGCUCAAGGCAGACAACGAGGCUCGCAAGGCCAAGGAAAAGGAGCAGGAAAAGAAGGAAGACAACGCUCCUAUUCUCGGUGGCGGACGUCUCAUGAUUACGGCUGGACCUGGUACACAACCGACCUCUCCUGCGCCUUUUGGAGCGAAUGGAUUCGCACCGCAGCCUACAGGAUAUGGUUACUAG